UGUCGUAAACAGCGUUUUAAAUAAAGCUUUGAAAGGGGGUGCGCGUGGCUAUUGAGCAAACAGCUCGAACUUUGCGCAGUCGAGGCAACGAAAGCAAAAGAGAAGGUAAUAAAAGCCCUCGCCCUUGUCCGUUUCUGAAUAUCCGUGGAUUUUGCUCGCUGAAAGAAUGGCGGAAAGCGACUGGGAUACAGUGACUGUGCUGAGGAAGAAGGGCCCGACCGCCGCGCAGGCCAAGUCUAAGCAGGCUGUGGCAGCCGCCCAGAGACGAGGAGAAGAGGUGGAAACGACUAAGAAAUGGGCGGCAGGGCAGAACAAGCAACAUGUGGUGACAAAGAAUACGGCGAAGCUGGACCGUGAGACCGAGGAGCUGCACCACGAGAGGGUUCCGCUCGAGGUGGGGAAGGUGAUUCAGCAGGGCCGCCAGGACAAGGGACUCACACAGAAAGACCUGGCCACUAAAAUCAAUGAGAAGCCACAAGUCAUUGCAGACUACGAAAGUGGCAAGGCCAUACCAAAUAAUCAGGUCAUGGGAAAGAUUGAGAGGGCAAUUGGUUUGAAGUUGCGUGGGAAGGACAUUGGGAAACCCCUUGAGGCCGGACCCAAAAAGAAAUGAAAAUAAAGCCUCGAAAUCAGCCCACCCCCUCCCCAAUUCAAUGCCAUUAUGAAUCUCUUUUACUUUGCUCUGUCUCCUUUACACCCUAACCCUAAAUUGGGCUGAUGUCACCUGGGUUCUUGCUUGAGACCCAAGGUGUCCCAUCUGAUUGGUUGCCAAGCUGCAGAAUACAAUAUCUCAUCUUGAUUUUCCUUGGACAAUGACUGAUAUUGCAUAACUACAUCUACAAAGUGUUGAUGACAUAAGUAUCUUAGUUGAAAUGUAAAGCCAAAACUUUAAGUUACUGGACUUGGGUGAGUUUUACCCUUUUGCUAAAAAUGCUCAGAUUCAGCAAAACUUAGCUUUCUCACUCAUUUCUUGGGCUUUUGAAUUCAACGGUUUGGAUACAUUUUCUACAUCUACCUUUGUACUUAUCUGAAAGAAUAAACUUUCUGGCAAUUUA